UGGAGUUGCCCGGCCAAGUUCAGCUUCCUUAGUUGCAGUGAGGCACUCAGAGGCAACCGGGUUUUGGCCGCGCAGGUGUUGGGUUCUGCAGUUCCUUUCGGUUGUGAUGGUCGCGAUGUUUUUCUCCGAGGCUGGGGCCCGGCCAUGGACGUGGGAAGCCAGCCCCUCAGAACACAAGAAAUGGGUGGAAGUAUUUAAAGCAUGCGAUGAAGAUAACAAGGGCUAUCUAAGCAGAGAGGACUUUAAAGUUGCUGUCAUAAUGCUGUUUGGGUACAAGCCCUCCAAGAUUGAAGCUGAUUUCGCGAUGUCUUCAGUAAAUCCAAAUGCUUCCGGUAUAUCGCUUGAGGAGUUUUUAAGUAUUGUUAGAAAAAAGAAGGAAGUUCGACUCCAUUGGAAUGAAAUAAGACACAUCUUCACAGCUUUUGACAGGCACUAUCGUGGGUAUUUAACUUUGGAAGAUUUCAAGACAGCAUUUAAGCAGGUGGCUCCCAAGUUAUCAGAAAGGACUGUUCUGGAUGUAUUCAGCAGGCAGUUUCCUGUCAGAAUUCAUUUCCCAUUUGGAAAAUCUCUGUCUGACCCACGGUUUUUUGGACACAAUUCAUCCUUCACAUCGUUGAGUCUACCCACUGUCAUCAAUCCAUAGCUCCUCAGAUGCCAAAAGACCCCUUUAUAUUCAGAGUGAUAAAAUCUAUCUAAAACAUCAGAGGAACGAAAACCAAGAAAAAUAUUUAAAGAUUUUAUCCCUGUGAUUUUUCUAAUUAAAAAAAAAUGCUUUUAGUAUGUAUCUGUUUCUGUUAUUAUAUUCUAAGAAACUAAAGUAAUAACCAUUACAAUUGAAGCAAGAUGUGCUUUCUAUUCUCCCUCAAUCUUUACAUGAUUAAAAUUAAGCUUUGGCAUAGCUGCAGUAUAAUUCAGUUCAAUUUAGUGAAUAUAUAUGGAAACCCUUUUGCUGCUGCCCCCUCCCCAUUACUAUGGCAUCUACAAGAACUGCCUUUUCGUCACAAUAAUUGAAUGUGAGAUGUGAGCAUUCCAGAUGUAACUGUGGGGAAAAGUAAAAUUCACUAUGGAAGGGGGUUAGGCUGUGAAUGAAGGGUUUAGGUUGUGAAGGCAUCAUCCAAGAUGCUGGAUCUUAACAAUGUAUUAGUUUUGCCUUGCAAAGGGGAAAGUCUUUCCAGGUUAGAGGUGCUGAGGUUGGAUUCAGCAGGGCAUGUACUGACUCUUGGACAAGGAAGUCACAUGAUGAGAAAGGUCUUCAUCUGGCUGCAGGAUGUACCAUGGAGUAAAGAGGUGGGUGAUCCACUGGAAGCCAUUGUCACUGACUGGGGCCUAAUUGAUGAGGUCCUGCUUCAAGGUUAAAGGAGUUGGAUAUGUGAAAGGAAAUGUGAUAGGAUAUGUGAAAGUCUUAGAAAUGUUACCCAGAAAGAAGCUGAUUACCUCAAAAGCUGAUUGGAUAUUGAGAGGCAAUGCAAAGAAAGCUGCCCAGGUUUGCUCCAAGGGCUGGGAGCCUAGGCAAGCAGAAGAAUCCUGGUGUUAUAUUAGCAGAAAUGGAGAAUUAGAGAAGUGGACCAGGCAGAGCCUGGAGAGGAUGCCCAUGGACAGGAGGGAAGCCAGACAAGGAAUGGUCAGAGGAGAUCCAGGAAACCAUAAUUUCAUGGAAACAAAGGGAAGACAGUAUUUCAGGAAGACAGAGUGAACAGGGAAGUCAAGAAAUAAGAGUCUGAGUUUGAUUUUGUACAGGGAAAAGACAAAAGGUUGACAUUUCAGUAACUUCAGAAAAGUGGUGGAAGUAGAUGCCAGAUAGCAUAGACCCUGAAAAGGCUGGUGUGACUGGUGAGCCUGUAAUACAAGAUCCUUCAGUUAUUUCCAGUAAGAAACCCCUUUGAAGGAACUCCACUCCUUCCCAGACUAGUAACAAAAUGCUAGCCUGUUAUUAAUACCUGUAGAUUUAAAAUGUACCUAUUUUCACGUUGUAACUCAAAAACAUUAUUUUUACAAACCAUUUGGAAAUAACGUUUUUAUUUUGAUUCUUCUCUUUC